AUGACAGUGCUUAAACAGCCUAGAUUGUCAACUGCAAUUGCAUUGCUGGCUCUUGCUCCAUGGGGAAGUGCUCCAAUUGUUGGAGCUAGCCCGAUUCCUGAUACCGCAGUGAAGCCUCAAUACGUUAAACUAGACUUGGAGAAAUCUUGGGGAGAAUGGGAAGAAGCCCUCGACCCUUCUCCAGCUGGUACGGGCUGGGGAGGAUGGGAAAAAGCCAUCGAUUCUCACGACAAGCGACCUGCGAAGAGAUCUUUGCUACAUAAGCGCAGUCACCCUGUGAAGUUUGAUAUGAAAAAUAGGGAAGUCUACUAUUCAGUCAAUGUCACCGUUGGUACACCUGAACAGGCCAUGACCGUUCUACUUGACACUGGAUCAAGUGAUUUGUGGGUUGUGGGUUCCGAUGUGAAAUGUACUCCUAGACUAAAGGAGGAUCCAACUUGUAAAGCACUUGGCACUUUUAAUACCAAUAAUUCAUGUACAUGGUCAGGAAAUGGUACUAGAUUUUCCAUUGAAUACGCUGAUAGCAGUUUUGCAAGAGGUGAAUGGGGUAUGGAUGUCGUGCAUGUUAACGGUCUCAAAGUUGAUGGCUUAACUUUUGCUGUUGCAGAUGAGGCCGCUAGUUCUGUUGGUGUGUUUGGAAUUGGUCUAACCGGUCUUGAAACUACCAAUGAGGUUGAACCACCACAUUCAUACGAUAACUUCCCUCUAUUGUUAAAACGUAAUGGUGUCAUUGCAAGUAAUUCCUACUCCCUUUACACCAACCAAUACAACGCUGAAUAUGGUUCUAUCCUUUUCGGCGGUGUCGACCAUAAGAAGUACAAAGGAAAGUUGUUAACUGUGCCAAUUAUUAACACUGAUCCUAAAAGAAGUUCUGUGCCAACUUCUUUGUCUGUAACAUUGAAUGGCGUCACUUACAGUACUGCUGAAAACAAAACCGAUACAAUACACUCACCAAUAGGAGCUCUACUAGACAGUGGUACUACCCUAUCCUACUUUCCAAAGGAAAUUGCCGAUGCAAUGGCAGUAGCAGUAGGUGCACAAUGGAGUGAACAAUUCGGCUCCUACGUUCGUAAAUGUCCCGCUGAUAAUGACAAAAGUACAUUGGACUUUAACUUUAGUGGAAACAAAAUCAGAGUCCCAAUCGAUGACUAUUCUAUUUACACUAGUGUACCUGGCCUAUGCGCUUUCGGAUUUAUGCCAUAUGGCGGUGAUAUCGCUAUUUUGGGUGAUGUUUUCUUGACCGCUGCUUAUGUUGUUUAUGACUUGGAUAGGUUGGAAAUCUCCAUUGCUGAAGCUAACUACAGCACAGCUGAAGAAAUUGAACCAAUCGUAUCCGGGGUCCCAAGAGCUGAAAAAGCCCCUGGUUAUUCUAACGUUUGGGUUCCUAACAAUCAAAAAUAG